UGGGUCAGAGUGUGAUGGUGGUUCCUGUAGUAGGAAGCUAUGAAUCUUUAUAGCUCACAUUUAGGGCUGUGAGCACACAUCAGAGGUAUAUAGCAAUUUCUUCGCUUGAUUUUCCCCAUCUGGAUCUGGGGAUAGAGGGCUCGAACCCGCCGCCCGCUUUGGGAAAUGGUGCUGAGUGAGCGGUGGGUCUCAUGGCUGAUCAGCGGAGCGGCCCGUUCGUGCUGAUCGUGGGUGGCUCGGUUCUGUUCAUGGUUAUCUUGUAUCAGUACGUGGGGCCGGGGCUGCCCCGUUACUGGUCCCCUGCUGGUGUGGAGCCUGAAGCAGACCCGUUCCCAACUCCUGAUCCACAUUACAUUAAGAAGUACUAUUUCCCGGUUCGGGACCUGCAGCGGACAGUGCCGUUUGAUAUCAAAUCCGAUGGGGUGAUUGUCUUCCUACAUAUCCAGAAAACCGGCGGUACGACCUUCGGGCGGCACUUGGUGCAGAACGUACGCCUGGAGCAGCCGUGUGAUUGCAGACCGGGUCAGAAGAAAUGCACAUGUUACCGACCCAACCGGCGUGAGACAUGGCUUUUCUCUCGCUUCUCCACGGGCUGGAGCUGUGGGCUGCAUGCAGAUUGGACCGAACUCACGAGCUGCGUUCCCGGUGUGUUGAGCAAGAGGGAAAAAGCUGGCCAGGAUCAAAGGAAAUUUUAUUAUAUCACAUUACUGAGAGAUCCUGUGUCCCGCUAUCUGAGUGAAUGGCGACAUGUCCAGCGAGGCGCCACCUGGAAGACCUCACUGCAUAUGUGUGAUGGACGCACACCAACCCCUGAUGAACUCCCAUCGUGUUAUGAGGGCACAGACUGGUCUGGAUGUACUUUACAAGAGUUUAUGGAUUGCCCGUACAAUCUAGCUAACAACCGCCAAGUAAGAAUGCUAGCUGACCUUAGCCUGGUAGGUUGCUACAAUAUGUCAUUCAUGCCAGAAAAGAAACGUUCCCAGAUCCUUCUCGAGAGCGCCAAGAAGAAUCUUAAGGACAUGGCCUUCUUUGGCCUGACUGAGUUUCAGAGGAAAACUCAGUACUUGUUUGAGAGGACCUUCAGUUUACGAUUUAUAAAGCCGUUUAUGCAGUACAACAGCACAAGAGCAGCAGGAGUUGAAGUAGACAAUGAUACAGUCCAAAAGAUUGAAGAACUCAAUGACUUAGACAUGAAGCUGUAUGACUAUGCAAAAGACCUUUUUCAGCAGAGAUACCAGUAUAACAGGCAGCUGGAAAGGAUGCAGGAGCGGAUUCGUAAUCGGGAGGAGAGGCGACUACACCGGUCCAGUGAAGCAUUUCCUAAGGAAGAUGCAGAUGAACGUUUUCCUACUGAAGAUUACAUGAGCCAUAUUAUAGAAAAAUGGUAGCUGCCUAGCUAGAAGUGCAUUAGAUGGGGGAAAAAAAGUCAUAUUUGUCCUGAAAGGUCAUUAAGCAAUUUAAUUUCUGUUAUUUAAAUAAUCAGAUGGCUAUAAAGCAGAAAUAUUUACUUAUAAAGUAAAUCUCCUUUUACAGUUUCUGAAAGGACCAAUGAAAUCCUUAGCAACAGGGAAAACUGUUUAACAUUAGGUCAUUUGAGACAUAAUGUUAUGCUUUUGUUAACAUUGAACUGGCAAAUAUUUAGUGAACUAAAUUAUAUUUUGUUACUGCAGAGGAUGUGGUGUUUUGUGGAUGAAUCAUUGUUCCUUCCCCUGGACAUGGUGUCAUUCCUUGGGCUUCUAUGCAGCACACAGCCUUCAUUCAGAGCACAUUGAAGUAGUUUGUUCAGCCCAUGCAAAUGCCUUAUGCGUACUUCAUAAGUCCGUGCAGCUCGCCCUGACAGCUCAUUUUAUGUGGGCUAUGCCAUGGGAUGAAGCAGUGCCAGAUGUUUGACAUCAGGGCAGUUGAAACAUUUUGUGGCUUUAGUCCAUUAGUAACCAGUGUGGUACAACAUGGGUGACCGCAGUGUUCAUGGGUGCAGCAUUUGAUUGAUCUGCAUUUUGGCCACAUUUAAGUUUCCACUAGCACUAGAAAGAAAACAUUCUUGGGAGGGGAUUUAGAGUAAAGACAUUAACUGUUUACAGUUUGUAAACCCAUAAUAUGGCGGAUGUUAAUCUAACUGGUCUUCCAUAAGUGUGUUUUGAGUCUGUCUGGGUUUGUCUCUCUGAAAGUUUUUGUUUUUCCUCACCCAUUUUUUGCUUAAGAAAAGUUAAGGCUUUCAUUAAGCAAGAUAGUACAGUUUGGCAAACUAAAAUAAAAAAUUGAGCACCAUAUGGUCUCUAGAGAUUAGCAGAAAAAUACCUACAUAAGUUUCUGCGCCCUUUGUAAGCAGGUUCUAGUAAUAAAAGACCUGCUGUAUGCUUUGCCCGUAAGAUGGA